AGAAUGAUGCAGAUGAUGGUGAACUGUACAUUCCACACACUGUCAACCCCAGGGACAAGUUCAGAUUCUCCGUCUUUUCUUUCUGAACGAUCAGCUUUCAAAACCAUCUAAAAGCACUUUUUCUUUCACUCAAACCGUGGCAACUAUCUCUUUGUACCAGGAGUUUGACCUCUGUUCAACAUGGACACUGACUUCAUUCUGAAGCAAGUUCAACACAUGGGACUGCCCUUAUUCUCAGUGAGAGAGCAAAAUCACUACAGAGCAGAGAAGAUGCUCAUGAGGCAGUUUAUGCUCCUGAAGCAACAGUGUCAAGUUCCUAUUUAUCUAUCUGUGAAGGAAAUGAAGAGCUGGCUAAUGGCUGGAAGAAGCUUCCUGGAUGAGUUUCAGGAAAUAGCAGAAGGGACAGAGGCAAGAAAGCUCCUCAUGGCAGAGCUGGCCUGGACCUCAGCAAGACGCCUAUGUUUAAAUCAGAUGGAGCAAGAGCUCCUGGAGGAACUUGAAGAGGAGAAACGUCUUUCACUGCUGCUCAGGAGGAGGGUCACAUUGGAGGGCCUUCAAAUGUUCCUUUCUAUCUUCUUACCAAAAGCGGAGAAGGAUGUACAGACCUUCCUCCGGCACCUGUCCAACAAGCUGCUGAUUUCUUUUACUGGCUGUCACUCCAGCAGGCGUUCCAAACUAGCUCUGUUCACCAAGCUCCAGCGUACCACUGCGCCUCUGGUGUCAGUGGUGAUGGAAACUGCUCUGAGGUUCCUCCUGGACAAGCCAGAGCCACUUGCUGAGGUCAAGCCUUCCCAGACUUGGGAUCCCACUGUGAGCAUGGACUCCAAUUUGGCCUCUACUCUGGGAAACAGGGCUGAGGCCGCCAGUGCUGAGAUUGGCAAACAGCUGGCUGACACGACAGCUUCUUGCUUCUGCCUGGUUACAUCUUUCACUAAAGCUCAUCUCCUGCAUAUCUGUACACCAGUGGCCCGGAACAUGGUCAAAGCCAUUUACAAAAGAUUUGAUGACCUCUCCAAAUCCUUCCACCUGCUGGACUUUGAUGAAAGCUUCGUCACUGCUGGAGAGAGCAUCGUCUGUGCUGUCCAGGACAUGGACGACAGAGUGCGAGCUGCUGCGUACAGCUGGGCUCUGCAUCAGCUGGUUUCUGUGAGGAACACUGUGACUCCAGAGGUGUGCAGUGUGGCUGCUGCAGAGAGGACUGAUCAAAAUGAGGACAAAGAGAAGAAGCAGGGAGUGCGAGCCUUCUUCAGUCGAAUGUGGAAAAAGAUCAUUCAUGUAUCCACUGAGGAGUGAAUCACACCAGCUGCUCUCUCUACAGUAUAUUCUCAAUACCAUAAAUCAUACUUAUUUGAUAAA